CGCAUGCGGAUCUAUCUUGUCAAUUCACUGUAACCUUCCGACUCCGCUGCCGAAAAAAAACAACAAAACACCAAAAACGUUGAAGCUUUUAUGUCGGACAUUGAUAAGCUUUUCAUGCGGGUGUUCCUCCUCCACGGUUGUGUUUGUCACGGACCCAUUUCCAGCGGGGAAAGAAGCAGUGGCUGACGGCUCAGAAGACGAAAAAUUCAUAGUUAUGGACACAGAGACUUGUUGCAUGUGGUCACACUGACAGCGGUGAAACAUAAGGUCCAUGCAGGAGGGGCUGGGCUAACCUUAACACCAGUUGCUACUGCUGUGUAUUUGUGAGGACUGGGUCUCCUGAGAUACGGCGCGGGGCUCCAUGGGUUCCAACACCUAAAAUGAAAAAGAAAAAAGUAGUCUUGUAGUUUACAUUUAUUGUGCUACACAUUCUACCAACACCUGAAGAACUGUUUUAGAUAGUUUGCUGUCCGUUCUGCUGGACUGAACGAUCUUUCUGCAGAAGAUUUUUUUUUUAAUGAAGAUAUAAGAAGGGAUAAACGCACAGGGAUUCAACCAUAAUUGUAGUCUAUGGAAAUGCAGGAUCUAGCCAGUCCUCACAGCCGAGUAAGUGGAAGCAGUGAAUCUCCUAAUGGUCCCAACCUCGACAACUCCCACAUCAAUAACAAUUCCAUGACACCCAAUGGCACUGAAGUUAAAACCGAGCCAAUGAGCAGCAGCGAACUCGCCACCUCGGUAGCAGACACCUCUCUAGACAGCUUCUCAGGAUCAGCUAUUGGAAGCAGUGGCUUCAGCCCAAGACAAACUCACCAGUUCUCUCCACAGAUUUACCCUUCCAACAGAACAUAUCCGCAUAUUCUUCCUACCCCUUCAUCCCAAAAUAUGGCUGCGUAUGGGCAGACGCAGUACACCACAGGAAUGCAGCAGGCCGCAGCUUAUGCUAGCUACCCCCAGCCUGGCCAGCCCUAUGGCAUCCCAGCCUAUGGUCCAUUGUGGGCAGGCAUAAAGACAGAGGGGGGUCUGAGCCAGUCCCAAUCCCCGGGACAGACGGGCUUCCUAAGCUACAGCUCCGGCUUCACCACGCCGCAGACAGGACAGGCCCCCUACAGUUACCAGAUGCAGGGUGGUACUUUCACAACAACGUCAGGAUUGUAUGCAGGAAACAACUCCCUGACAAACUCGACUGGCUUCAACAGCACACAACAGGAAUACCCAAGUUAUCCAGGCUUUGGCCAAGGACAGUAUGCUCAGUAUUACAACAGCUCACCCUACACUUCACCUUACAUGACAAGUAACAACACCAGCCCGACCACACCCUCAACCACCACCACCUACACCCUCCAGGAGCCUCCCACUGGCAUCACCAGCCAGGCCCUCACUGAAAACCCUGCAGUUGAGUACAGUACCAUCCACAGUCCAUCAACCCCCAUUAAAGAUUCAGAUUCGGAUCGAUUGCGCCGGGCCUCGGAUGGAAAGUCACGUGGCCGGGGAAGAAGGAACAACAACCCAUCACCGCCGCCUGACUCCGACCUUGAGCGAGUUUUCAUCUGGGACCUGGAUGAAACAAUCAUCGUUUUCCAUUCCUUGCUCACGGGUUCUUAUGCCAACAGAUAUGGACGGGAUCCACCAACAUCUGUAUCAUUAGGCCUGAGGAUGGAAGAAAUGAUCUUCAACUUGGCCGACACACACUUAUUCUUUAACGACUUAGAGGAAUGUGACCAGGUACACAUCGACGAUGUGUCCUCCGACGACAACGGCCAGGAUCUGAGCACAUAUAACUUUGGCGCUGACGGUUUCCACGCAGCAGCGACCAGUGCCAAUCUAUGUCUGGCCACAGGCGUGCGGGGAGGCGUGGACUGGAUGAGAAAACUGGCCUUCCGCUACAGACGAGUAAAAGAAAUCUACACCACCUACAAAAAUAACGUUGGAGGUCUGCUGGGCCCAGCCAAAAGGGAAGCCUGGUUGCAAUUGCGAGCAGAAAUUGAAGCCUUGACGGACUCCUGGUUAACACUGGCACUGAAAGCACUAACAUUAAUCCACUCAAGGUCAAACUGUGUGAAUAUCCUGGUGACCACCACACAGCUCAUCCCUGCCCUGGCUAAGGUCCUGCUCUACGGCUUGGGAAUAGUCUUUCCUAUCGAGAAUAUUUAUAGUGCAACCAAAAUAGGGAAGGAGAGCUGCUUUGAGAGAGUAAUCCAAAGGUUCGGCAGGAAAGUUGUUUACAUUGUUGUUGGAGAUGGUGUGGAAGAGGAGCAAGGCUCAAAAAAGCACAACAUGCCCUUCUGGAGGAUCUCCAGCCAUUCAGACCUCAUGGCCCUCCACCAUGCUCUAGACCUGGAGUACUUGUAGCACUACAACACCAUCACUAUACCCAGCUCCGCCUUGGCACACCCUGCAACCUUUCACCUUCGCCCUGCAGCCUGGUCCCACGCUUGCCGCAGACCCCAACAGCUCAGAAAAGCGCCCCCUCCCACUGUGCUGCCUGGCGUCUGUCUUCCACUACACAGGAAGAAAAGAAGAGGAGAAUGAAGGGAGAAAAAAAACCCGGCAGAACACACGGUUAAUGUGCUGCAUACGGUCACACUUCGUCUUAACCCUAAACUUUGUUUCAUUUUUUUUUUUUUUUUCUGGAAGCGAAGGAGAGAGGUGAAUUUACGGCGCUGCAGCUGCUUGCCCUGUUUACUGUGAAUUGGCCGCUUUCUGAAGCUGUCAAAGUGUUUUACGGCCCCCUGUUUGUGCCGGGACUCUGUCAGGGUUCACACCUGUGAGGAGAGCAGAGCUACUGAUGGCCUCGCCUGCCUCGCCUCUCCUCGCCACAGAACUCAUCGCCACAGUAAACCACAGGCCCACGACUGCUGGUGGUGACAUUUCUCCGUCCCUCUAGCCCCCUCCACUCGACACCUCCCACCUCCGUCUGCUCCUUAUCAGUCUACCUGCUUUCUCUUCCGUCAUGGGACAGACAGACAAAGCGACUGCUCCUGUUAACUGUCGGCCUGGGAAUCCUGUGCUUCUUAUUUAUGAACGGAGACUUUGUGAGUGGCGCCGUGCCACAGAGAAGGUAACUCUGCGACAAAAGACUCGUGCCUUUUACAAAGUACUAUUGAUUUCCACCACAGCGAGAGGAAGACAUUUAUGGAAGAAACAAGAAAAAGGGGUUUUCUAAUAAUUUAAGAAAAUUACAAAAAACUUUAUUUACAAUGCUGAGACAAUCAUGUAUAGAGGAAAUCUUUUUUUGUGUGUGUAAGUUUGUAAUCACUGGACUAUUCCUUCAUAUAUUCAUUUAGGUACGUGCUCUUGAAAGGUGGCAAUGCUUUUUUCAUUGAAGACAAAAAAGAAAUAAAAUAAAAGGCAUCCCAUCGCACAUAGGCUUGUGCGACGCCUGAACGUGUUGAUGUGUUCAAGUUUUGUUCAAUAAACAAAUAUGUAGAUAAUGGGAUUUUGUGAUAAAUUGUUUUGUCAAGACCAAAAGCAUGGAUGUCAAGUGUCAAUGACCUUUAAUUUGAUUCUGUGAUGUUUCUCAUCCUUACUGGAAACUUCAGUCACAUCUUUAAACAGCAUAGCAGGUCUCUUCUACUGAAAGUCCUUUUUAGAUUCAUAAUUGAAAGGGAGAGAGUUUUUUUUUUUUUUUUUUUUUAGUUAUUCAGAAUGGUAGCUCACAACUUGUGUCCUUAUGGCAUUUCACCAGCUUGCAGCCCUGACCCCGUAUAUUUGGAAGCAAACUUAAUUCUGGUGAGGGUUUCGGAUAUGGCAUGGAAGUGAGAAAACUCACCAUUUCCUGCCUCCUGAGAGCCAAUUAAACAAAAAAACAACGAUUUGAAUAAAUCGGAGAUUUAAAAAAAAAGGCAGGCUUGAAUAGGUUUUAUUAUCUUUUAUACAAGCGCUAUAUCAACUCUUGUACAGCAAGCGUAAUUUUGUAUGAUGUAGUGUUUUUAUUUCGACUUUGAAAAUACAUUCUGUGUCCCUCUUUGAAAUAGCUGAAACACAUGAAGCCCUAUUCAUAUCGCUUCUGCAUCUGUGGAUGGGGAAACCAUAAUUACCAUUGAGAGAAAAGCCACUAACUUCGAGGGGUUUGUGAACAUAAAGGACAUGUGCUAUCGACUGUGAAUUUCUUAAACAGAAACCGACUCGUGUUUCUGAUUCUUCCCUCCUUUGCACAUGAUCACUGUGGGCCUUUUACAUUUCAAUUUGGACCCCCAACCCCCAUCUUCUCAAAACAACUUCUUCCCCUGCACUCCGGGGGUAUCUACAUAUUGCUGCUAGAUCAAGGUAAUGGUAGGUAAAAAUAGGAAAUGUUUUAUAGAUUCAUACAGCACGCUCUUUUUUUAUGUUGCAAUCAUAAAUGCAAACUGGAAAUACUUUACACUACAUGGGCCUCAUUGUGAAACGCAAAAGAUUGUUGUG